AUGUCUUUUAAAUCCAAAGUUGUAAUUGUUACCGGAUCCAGCGCAGGUAUUGGAGCUGCAUUAGCAAUCGCCUUUUCAAGAGAAGGGGCUGACGUAGUCAUAACCGGAAGAAAUAGGGAAAGACUGGAAAAGGUAGCUGAGGAGUGCAAAGUCAAUCGAUCUCCACUUAUUAUCCAAGCCGAUCUAACUAAUGACCACGAUGUCGAAGAAAUUGUUAAUAAAACAAUUGAAAAACACGGCAAGAUAGACAUUUUAGUCAAUAACGCUGGAAUCGUACAACUUAGCAGCCUUGCAGAUGAUACCUUCUUAAACGCAUUCGAUCACGUAGUUAAAAUAAAUCUACGCGCAGUGAUAAAGAUGACUAAUUCUGUCACACCGCACAUAAUUGCUUCUAAAGGAAAUAUAAUUAACAUUUCAAGUGUAUCAGGGAGACAACUAUACGCUUAUCAGUACACCGUUUAUGGAAUGUUAAAAGCUUCAUUAGACUAUUUUACUCAAGGUGCAGCAUUAGAACUGGGAAAGUAUGGUGUAAGAGUGAAUGCUGUAAGCCCGGGACCAGUGGAAACUGAUAUUAAACCAAUUCUAGUCCAGGGUAUGAGAGACCAACAUUUCCAACUGUACUUCAGCGUUACAGUUCACCAGAGGAGAUAG